AUGGACUUAUCCCAGGACAGCUCCGACAGCGGCGGGAGCGUACCAUCAAAGCCGACUUCAUUCACGAUCGCGUAUGAGGCGAGACAACGCGUCAUCAGAGGACAUCUUCAACUGUUGCGUGAUUCGGAGAUCAGCAUAGUGAAGCUUCUACACCUUGUGCCCGCUUCCAGGAUCGAAAUGGCAAAGUUCCACCGUGGUACUGGGAGAACAGCCCGUCCACAGAGUCAACUCAAGUUCUUGGACACCAACGAUAGCGACGAGAGCGAUGACGGUUUGCCAGAAGUCUCUGUCGUCUCUGUCGUCUCGCGUCACGAUUUUGCUGUCAAUGAUGACAUGAAGGAAGACAUAACGUCGACAAUGCCGACGAAGCUCAUUAUCAAGAGCUUCAAAGACGAAGUGUUUUACGAUAUCGAAGUCGAAGCAUAUAGAAAGAUGAGCAACAUCCAAGGGACUGCUGUACCAGAAUUCUAUGGUACUGGAAUGCUCAACGGUCUGCCAACGAUUGUACUAGAAUACAUUGCUGGUAACGACCUCUAUUCGUAUCAAAGUGAUAUUCAGCGGCUUCCGGCACUCGCUAGAGCUGUCGUAGGUUGCGCACGGCUGGUUGCGGAAUGUGGAGUCGCACAAAUGGAUCCAAGACUCGAUGGCAUCCUCGUGACGGACUCUCCAGGAUUGACGGUCAAGAUGAUCGACUUCUCUCACGUCGAUUUUGACACAUUCUACACGUCGAGCGUCAAUCAGAAUAACAGCUAUGAACUCAUGUCGCUCUACGCUGAAUUGAUGGGUUGGGAAAUGCCUGAGGAUGUCUCGACUUGGUGA